UUAUUAAGCCCGGAGACUGGCGAACGGGCAAGAACCACUGAGAGCUUCUUGGUGUCAUUUAUUGUAACACAUUUAAAAAAUAUAUUUUUUCAUAUCGCUGGAAAACUUCAUAUAAAGGAAUGUAUCGGAUUUAAUGGAAAAUACACAAUAGAUCCUGCACGGGCUAUGGAUUCAAUCGGCGUAAAUAACUUCCAUCAAACUACUGGAAAAUUCCUUUAAAUUGACAUAUUUCAUUGUGAGAAGGUUCUGGUGAAUUUUUUUUACCUGUCUCUUUUUUCUUGGAGAGGUAAGCUGUUCUCCCGAGGGAGGGAUGGUUCCACCCCGGCUCCUACAGUGCAUCCUCGCCCCGUCCUGGAGCUUCCACAGCGGACCUCAAAGGAGAUGAGACUCGCACUCUACCAGCUCCUCGCAGGCUGGCUCUGCCUCGUAACCGCCACUGCUGAGGAGUCUCCUCUCCCCCGGGAGAUUUUGGAGCGACUCUCCCGCAGUGAGAUCCGGAGCACCAGCGACCUCCAGCGGCUACUCGAGAUAGACACCGUAGAAAACGAGGUGAUCGAACAGACCAAACGUGACUACGACAAGGCCUUUUCUCACGGCUUCCACGAUCUGAAGCGAGCGCACACGCAUGGGCGCUACAGGCGGAGCACUGUGGUGGAAGAGGCAUUGCCCGCGGGUUGCAAGGUGCGUACCACCAUCUACGAGAUCCCUCGCAGUCAGGUGGACGCCACAGCCGCCAACUUCAUCAUCUGGCCGCCGUGCGUGGAGGUGAAGCGCUGCACGGGCUGCUGCAACACCAGCAACAUGAGGUGCCAGGCGUCCCGCAAGCACCACCGCACCGUCAGGGUGGCGAAGGUGGAGUAUGUGCGGCGGCGACCCAAGCUGAGGGAGGUGCAGGUGAAACUAGAGGACCAUCUGGAGUGCGCCUGUACCAACAAACGCCAGAGUGGCCCAAAGUCUGACACAGACAACGGUGAGAGGACUAACGCACAAAGAGCUAAGUGCUAUUUAUGAUCUUUUUCCUGAGACGUUGUGUCUUUGUAAGUAGAAAGUCAAAAGGUCAAGCUGGUAUGUGUCCUACUGUGUUCCUCGAAGAAGCCUUUUUCCCAUAGUAAAUAAUAGAGCUAGAAAUACUAUGUUCCACCCUCAAACUGUGACCACAGUAAAACUUUCUUUAAUGUCAUUCAAGCAAUGUUGGGAUAAUUACUUAAAAAAAGUUCAUUAGUUGUAGUUACUACUAGUUACUUAAAGGGGACCUAUUAAGCAAAAACAACUUUUCUUACCUGAUGAUACCUGCUUUUAUGUAUUUGGGAUCCCCAUAAUUCCUGAAAAUUUGAAAUCAAAUCGUGGUGGUACUGUGGAGAUAUUUAUAAAACAAUCUUGCCUUCCGUCAUACUUCUUCCAAACGAGCUGUUUGGAAUUUGCUCUGUCCUCUGACGUUUACUGCAUACUUGCCAACCGUCCCGUUUUUACCGGGAGACUCCCGGUAUUCAGCGCCUCUCCCGAUAACCUCCCGGCAGAAAUUUUUUCCCGAAAAACUCCCGGUAUUCAGCCGGAGCUGGAGGCCACGCCCCCUCCAGCUCAAUGAGGACCUGAGUGGGGACAGCCUGUUCUCACGUCCGCUUUCCCACAAUAUAAACAGCCUGCCUGCCCAAUGACGUCAUAACUGUAGAAUGAUCGAGGGCGAGUUCUUGGUUUCUUAUGUGGGUUUAUUGUUAAGCAGUUUCAUUAACGUCCUCCCAGCGCGGUAACAACACACAACAGCAGUCACGUUUAGUCUACCGUAAAGCAGUUUGUCUGCCGUAAACAGCAAUGUUGUGACACUCUUAAACAGGACAAUACUGCCAUCUACUGGAUAGCCUCCAGAACACUUAAAUUCAAGUAUUUCUUUUAUUUAUAUGUAUAAUAAAAAAAUAAAAAAUAUAUACCGUAAUUUCCGGACUAUAAGCCGCAUCUGACUAUAAGCCGCACCAGCUAAAUUUAGGGGAAAAUACAGAUUGCUCCAUAUAUAAGCCGCACCCGACUAUAAGCCG